CAUCUUCUGAAAUUCUAGACCUCAUCUUCCGUGGACCACCGUCUCCUGCUGCUCUGUUCUUCUAGUUAGUGUGAACCAGGCCUCAUCAACAGACCUCCACUCUCUUUCCAGGGACACUGCAGCCAAAGCCCUGGGUCCAAACCACAGCUAGUGGAUGAAAGUGAAGCUCAACAUAAAGCAAACACGAACACCUGUCCCUACAAAAUCACAGCUAUUAUUCUUCUGUUUCUGGUGUUUUUCCUUCCAAAAAACAACCAAAAAACAGGACUAAUAUCAGAGACCUUGAGGAACAUCUGGAUCUUCCAUGAGAAUGAAUUACCUCCCACUAAAACAGUGAUGGUCACCGGGGCCACGUGCGUAACCUUACGUGGUGACGUUUCACACAGUGUCAGGACAGUGUCGUCUGCACGCUGAGACACAGGCCUGACCGUGACUGGAGGUGUGUUCUUGGAAAUGUAGGUGAGACACAUGAGGUGAGUAAGAACUUUACUGCGUGUGUGUGUGUGUGUGUGUGUGUGUACGCGCCAGUGCGCGCGCGCUGAUGUAAACAGAAGAAAGGCGCAGGAGGAGCGCAGCGGAGCAACAGCAGAGACGCCCUCACUCUCACUCACGUUCUACAUAUAUAAAAAACACCGGGGUGACAGUGUGUUUCAGUGUCAGUCAGGAUCCUUCACACAACAUCCAGGACUCAGCAGCAGCAGCAGCAGCAGGAGGAGAGCGAGGAGGAGCAGCAGGAGGAGAAGCGCACCCUCAGCCAUGGAUCAUAUCCCGCCGCGGACAGCGGUGCGCUUCACUCGGCCAGAGGGAAACUCGACUUGUGAGAGAUUUUCUCCUGAGUUUGUGGACCGUGACUGCUGAGAGGGACUCUGGAUACUGAUCUGGAAUUUGUGGAGAGGAGAGAGGAGCCGAAUUUUUGGAUAUUGACUUUGAACCGAGGAGGACAACAAAGCUGUGUGCAUGUGCCUCCCUUAACUAUGGACCCCAUGACCUUCAGAGUUCAGCGAUGUUAACUCUGAGCCACUACAACUCCUCAGCCUCCCCGCUCCUCCCUCAUUACCUCCUUAACUCUAAUGACAGUGAAGGGAAGGUGGAGGCCAGGGUGGCUGUGGAAGGGCUGUCGCAGCAGGGGAACUUCACCUAUGAGGGGCCGUCCGCCGGCGCCAUCAUCGUCGUCAUUCUACCAAUGACUCUGGGCAUCGUCUCCAACAUCGUGGCCCUGUUUAUCCUGGCCAACGCCUACUGCCUCCAGCGGCGGCGUUCUAAGGCCACAUUCCUCCUGUUUGCUACUUCGCUCGUGGUCACAGACUUUAUUGGACACGUGAUCCCCGGAGCCCUGGUUCUGAGACUCUACCUCCAUGGAGGCGUGCGACCUGAGGACUUCAACACUCCCGACGGCAUGUGUCAGUUUCUGGGAGGCAGCAUGGUCUUCUUCGGCCUGUGUCCGCGCUUCCUGUGCUGCGCCAUGGCGGCCGAGCGCUGCCUGGGCGUCACCAGGCCUCUGCUGCACUCAUCCCUGGUCACCAAAACCCGCACCAAGAUCUGCCUGUCCGUCAUCUGGCUGGCGGCGCUGUGCGUGGCCAUGCUGCCCUGCUUUCAUCUGGGCUCUUACGCCUACCAGGACCCGGGCACUUGGUGUUUCAUCAAAGUGCUGAGUGACACUGAGGAGGUGGACGUGGCCUUCGUGGUGAUGUUCUCUGGCCUGGGUCUGACCUCACUGGCUGUGGCUUUAGUCUGCAACACCAUCAGUGGUCUGACACUGGUGCUCGCUCGGCUCAGGAGGAAACCCGGCUCCCAUCGCUCUGCUAAGUCCCACGACAUAGAGAUGGUGGUGCAGCUGGUGGGCAUCAUGGUCACCUCCUGCAUCUGCUGGAGCCCUCUGCUGAUCUUUGGCCUGAUGUCCGUGUUCCGCUCAUACAUGGGAUCCAUUGGUGACGACCUGUCCAACUAUAAAACCCUAAUGGUGAUGGGAGUGAGGCUGGCCACUUGGAACCAGAUCCUGGACCCCUGGGUCUACAUACUGCUGCGCCGCACCGUCCUACGCAAAAUCUACCUCAUUGUGAAGUGCCAAGUGGGCAUGAGGACUGGGGUGCUGGGACGCUGGGAGCCCUCGUCCUUCCCCAGCUCGGACAAGAAGGACGUCAACCACAUGUGACUGUGGGGGACCACAGAGGCCAGUCCACAGCCGUGAUGAUUGGGCACUCCAGUAUUUAACUGACAUUGGGCCACAUGGAGGAGGAGUGGCUAAAGAAGGUCACCAGUGUGACCCCUAGUGGUAACUGAUGUUUUUUUUAUUUCUGUGUGAUGUUUAUAUGUUCUCUCCAGUUUCCAGCGAAGGUUCUCCAAGAACGUGCAAGAUUAGGUUUACUGUUCACUCUGAAUGAACAACAGGUGUGAAUAUGAGUGUGAAUGUUUGUUUGGUUUUGUGCUGUACGGGACCCUUUCAUGGACAGGGGAACUGACCGGAUGUAGCCCCGCCAUCACCUGAUGACUGCUGGGAUUGGCUCCACCUCCACAGUGACUUUAAAAAAGCAGGGAAAAAAGUCAAACAAAUGACUGAAAGAUGCCGUUUUCCAUUAACAUGUUCCAUUCGCAGUCCAUCCGUGUUUACCUGACAAGUGGAAGCUAGCUAAUACUGUGAUUUUGCACAUUGCUGUGUUUACUUAAAAUGAGCAGGUGUUUCAUUUUGUUAUAAUGGUCUCGGCAGAAAACUCAUCAGUCAAGGAUGUGUGUGUAUGUGUCUGUGUGUGUGUGUCCAUGUCGUUUCCACCAGCUUCAAACAUGUCAACCAUUGCACAGUGAUUUGCUCUUCACAUUAGCCAAAUGUGGGUGGUGUCCACUAGAGAGAGCCCCAGAGUAUCAUAGCAGAGCAUUUGUACGUUUGAAUCUUCUGCUGAAUGUAUUUCAUACGGGAUCUUUAUAUCCAGAAACUGUGGGGUUUGAACAUCUUCAAUGUGUGUUUAUACACUUUUAUAAUUUUAUAAGUUGAUACUUGAACUGCAUCCUCAAUUUACUGAGGGCAUUGAUUGUAAAUUGGUUUGAAUGUAAAUAAAAACAACACAAUGUGAUGUGUACGUCAUGAAAUCUACAUUAUGUCUGUUUUUUCAUGUAAUCACAAUCCUUCACAUUCUUAUAAUUUUAUUUACAACUAAGACGUCCCUGCAUUGUCAUAUACAGAUGUACAGGGUAAGGAUGAACUUAUUAUUAAAUUAAGAGUGGCUUCUUUUUUUUUCUUUUUUGGCAUUUUAGUAAAGUUUCAGUGUAAUUGUAUCAGCGGUUUUCUGCCCAGGCUUUUCUUGGUUAAAUCUAAGAUAUUUUUGGGCUCAAUUUCAGGUAUUUUUUGGCCAACCUUUUUAGUUUUAGCCAUUAGGCUAGUUAGCCAAUUGGCUAAUUAUAGCUUUUUUGACUUAUAUGUGGUUGUUUCCAUGUCACAUGGCAUCUUUUAAAUAAUUUUUGGAAUUAAUUUAAUAAUACUUGUUUGUAUUACCAGGCUAAUUGUUGAAAAUGAUUCAAUUCUAAUUCCAGCUUGUUUCAAUCUUGCAUUUCAACUUUUUGCCUCAAAACAUUGGCCCUGACUCCUUGCUAAUGUCUGACUUUGUUUCAGUUUUCUUUUGAAGAUUGUUCAUGUGUUUUUCUUUAUUCAUCUCUAAUUAAAACCUCUGAUACGGAUUGAGUAUCUUGUGGAGGAUCUCCUUGCUGGACAUUGUCUUGUGUGGCAGGGACUUACUGCAGCUCUUAUUAAAUCAAUCUGCUCUCUGACUCAGGCAAGUGUCUCAUCAAGCAGUCGGACUGUAAUGAGACUAUCUUCAGAUGAAGUCCAGUUCCCCCCUGACAUACUUUUAUUUCCACCAUCCCGUGUCAUCUGUUUCCAUUCCAGCAUCACGUCUUUCCAGCCACGCUGACGUGCUCCGCAGCUGCAGCGAUUUGUUCUUA